AUGGCAAGCAGCCGCGCGACCUUGAUUAAGCCCCCGGAGCAGGACUCCAGCAAGGCUCUGAUUGAGAACGCGCUCGAAUUGACCGAUUUGAGCAUUAUUGGACCAGACAUUUUCACAAACACCAGAGAAUUAUGGCAUCCGCCAGGGGCUAGGGGUAUAUAUGGUGGCGCUGUCAUUGCGCAGACUUUGGCGGCUGCCCAGCGCACCGUGCCGUCGAACUUUGUGGUACACUCGUAUCACUGCUACUUUGUGCUGGCUGGCGACUCAACGGUGCCCAUCCUCUACCAUGUAGAGCGGGUGCGCGACGGCAAGUCCUUCUGUACCCGGACAGUACAGGCGCGGCAGCGCGGCCGGGCCAUCUUUACCGUCACCAUGUCCUUUACGCGGGACAUGGGCGAGGAGGUGGCCAACCGAGAGGUGCACCACGCGGUGGCGAUGCCGGCAGGCGUGCGGGCGCCGCCCGAUGACUACGACGAAGAGGAUUUUGGGCGCGGCGGCAGCUCGCCCUUUGAGAGCUAUCGUAUCGAGGUGACGGGGGAGCCCGACGGUCCGCCAGAGCGUAAGAAGACGCGGCACUGGGUACGGGCCCGGGGCCGCAUCAGCGAGGCCGGGGGCCACCAGGCGCACCAGAGCGCCCUCGCCUAUGUCAGUGACAGCUACUUUAUCGGCACCGUCAGCCGCAUCCAUCAGCUCUGGCGCUUCCCCUUCCGCGCCGAGGACUUUGGUCGGCUGUCCCCAGAGGUCAAGGACCGUGUCACCAAGCUCCUCGAGUUUGAGGGCAGCGGCUCCAUUGACGAUAUGAAGGGCCGGCCAGCCGUUGGCAUGAUGGUUUCUUUGGACCAUGUCAUUUACUUCCACAAUCCCAAAAAGGUCCGAGCAGACGAGUGGAUGUUUGCCGAGAUGGAGAGUCCUUGGUCUGGUGACGGGCGAGGAGUCGUUACACAGCGCAUCUUCAGCAAGGAUGGAACACUAUUGGCAACAUGCCACCAAGAGGUAAAUGCCCACCAAAAGAUUUCAAACCGAACUGCUGCUGACAUCAUGAUCUCACAGGGCGUCGUGCGCCUGAAGCGGAGUGAGCCCAGCGGUCCGAAAUUGUAG